UGUCUAAGCCUCUGUGAAGCACAUGCUCCAGAAGUAGAGGUGUCCUGCCCUGGCUGUACUGUACUAUCGUCUCACGUGUCUCUGCUCCAGCUCUCUCAUCUUUCACUAUGUCUGUCCAGCUAGUCGUAUCUCUCCUAGCUCUAGCUUCUCUGAAUGCUGCAUCUGCACCGCUCUGUAAAGAACUGGUCAAACCCCUGGUACUGGAGGACCAUACUGAGAUCUAUGGCAAAUGGGUGUAUGUGAUGGGGUCUGCGGAUCAUUCAGUCUUCCAAAAAGCUUUGGGGACUCUGAAAAGCUCCUGGAUUGACCUGUCGGCUACAUCUGACCAUCAAGUAGUCACACUACGUUGGGGAGAUCGCAUUGAUGGCAAAUGCCUUGUCGGUGCAACAAAUGCUACCAUCUCCGGCACCACCUCCACAGUUCACAUUUAUUUGUCUGAACACAAAGGUCAGUACCUGGAGACCUGCCCUGACUGCCUGCUAUGGUCAGACACCUCUCGUAAUGGAGACAUCACUGGCAGAUACCUACUCCUGUUUACAAGGUCAGGGAAAAUGGAUCCCACAUACCUGGACACCUAUAAGAACCAGGCAGAGUGCCUGAACUUCCCAGAGACACACCACACCUAUGAUGGAGAAACAGAGCUGUGCCCCGAUGACAACCAGAAGGAGAAGGUGGUGGAUGAGGAUACUAUGGAAGAGAAGCAGACUACAGAGGAAGAGAAGACGAUGGUGGAGGAGGCGACUAUGGAGGAGAAGCUGACUACAGAGGAAGAGAAGACUACUGAGAAGAACCCAACUACAGAGGAAGAGAAGACUAUGGAGAAGAAUCCGACUACAGAGGAAGAGAAGACUACAGGGAAGAAUCCGACUACAGAGGAAGAGAAGACUAUGGCUUGAGCAAAACAACCAGAUCCUCACUAUUGUGCCCAACAUCUCUUUAGUGGAACUUUGAUCCCAGAACUAUCUAACCAAAUAUGACAUGUACUUUCAUGCGUCUCUAAAUCAUGUCUUACAUACACAGGGAGAGUGAUAUGACCAUGUAAUGAUAAAAAACGUUUUUAAAGUGAAUGUUUUCAUGUCUUUACUGUUUCUUUGAUAGUUACAGUGAUACCAGUUCAAUAUAACUGUCCAAACAGACAUUUAAAUAAAGACAUUCAAACUCA